AUGAAGAUUUUUAAAUAAGAAGAAGAAUUAGUAAAGAUAAUUAAAUACUUCUCUAAGAAUUAUUUGGAGAUCUAAUAAUUAUAAACUACAGCGAAAUAGAAAGAAUUAUCAUAAAAAUUUGGAGAAAAAACUCAGUUUUUCUUUCUUAAUUUAAAAUGUUUCUUAUAAUUAAGAUAUUAUUAAAUCUUUGAAAUUCUUUUGUGAAUCUAUUUUAAAUUUAGAGUAUUAAAAUCAGCUUAUAUAAUUUACUUGAAUUUGUUUAAAAUAAAUAAAUUUAUUUAGAUUUUAUAAAUCUGAUGAAAUAUUCGGAUUAUUUGUAAAGAUAUCCAUUAAAUAUCAAAAGAAUAGGAAAUUGCUAAAAAAAAUCUACCUAGUUUUAUUGAAGCACUUAAUUUGCAUAUUGAUAAUAUAAUAAAACAAUUCAUAUUUUAGAAAGAUGGUGUUAGAUAAAAUACAAUAUCUAGAUGAUAAAUAAUUGAACAUAUAUAUAUUUAAUGAAUUAAUGGUGUCAUAAACAAAUUUAUUUAGAUAAAUGAUAGAUUAACUUAUUUCUGGUAAUUGCGAUGGUCCAUUCAAAAAUAUAUUUGAAUAACUUAUUUAAUAUUUAGUAUUCAAUUACUUUAAGGUAAUGAAAUCAAAGAAUAAAAUAAAUUAAUUUUUGAUAGAUCAAUGUGAGCUUAUGAGAAAAUAGCAAAGAAAGCUAUUUAAAGAGUAGAGAUUUCAGAACUGUUUACUAUUUUAGAAAUGA